AUGACAUUAUAUUUUGUGGUACCCUCCAGGGAGCCCAACAGCAAGUACAGCUCCAAACCUCAGGGGCCCAUCAUCGAAGACAAGGCUGAGUACAUCAGGCAGCUCACCGCUCUGCUGGGGUCCAAGGACUUCAGGGAGCGCAUCAAAGGCAUCGACCAGCUGGUGGCCGACUGCCAGGACAACCCCAGCAUGGUCAUCCGCAGCCUGUUCCCGGUGUUUGACGCCUUCAGAGACCGCCUGCAGGAGUCCAACCGUAAGGUGAACCUGUACGCCCUGGAGGCCCUGCAGGGGAUGGUGCGCCUGCUGAAGGACGACCUGUCCGGGGUGCUCAACCACCUGGUGCCCGCCAUCGUGGACAACCACCUCAACUCCAAGAACCGCGCUGUGUACUCGGCCGCCACAGGGGCCCUCUGCGAGCUGGUGCUGAACCUCGACAACAGCCUCCUCCUGGAGCCGUUCUGCUUCAAGGCACGGGUUCUUAGCGGCCAAGCAAAGGUGGAUCUGACCGAGAGGGUUGCAGAGUUGGUGACGGAGCUGUACCCCCGCCGGCCCCAGCUGGUGGAGCAGAAGGCGCUGCCCCUGCUGUGGGGCCUGCUGGGCCCGUCCAGCGGCAGCGUGCACCGGGCGACCACCAGCCUGUGCCAAGCCCUCCACCAUCAGAUGGGGCCCGGCCUGCGGCAGAGCGCCGCCUCCCAGCCCCCGAGCGUCGGCAGGGACCUCAACCAGCUGCUGAGAACCAUGUCCUGA